AAAUUACUGUCAAACACGUAAGAAAAAUGUCGUUUUUUAAUUUAGAAACCGAGCGUUGCCCAUAUCAAUUACUUAAAAGUUAUAGCUUUUAACGAUGAUGUAGCAGAUACGGAUGAGAAUUUCAACUUGAUAUAUAAUGAUGAAUGAAUAUUAUUAGUCUGAGAUAGCGUACUAAAUGUGAUUUGGAACUUGUUGAACUUGAAUGUUUGAUAUCUGAGUUAAGACAUAUUAUGAGAAAAGGCAAAGUUUUAAAUUGUGAGACAAACCAACGCAUUUGUUCGUGUCUUUAGCAAUCUGCACGUCACCUUGCCAGAAUAGUGGUACAUGCAGUAGUCCAAACACAUGCACCUGUACUUCUCAAUGGUCGGGAAGCGUUUGUCAAACACCAGUAUGUAGUCCAACUUGUCAGAAUUCUGGCAGUUGCACUGCACCAAAUACAUGCAGUGAGUAGUUAAUAGGAUAAACGCAGUGCUGGGGGCAUUUAUACAUCUAUUUAUUUUAAGAUUGUAUCAAUGGAUAUUCAGGAUCUUACUGUCAAAUUGGUAAGCGUAAUUGGUUUCAUACAAGUCACAGUCAAAGUUGGUUGCAUGUGAAUUUUGCUUUCAGCUCCAACAACAGUAGCAGCAACGACAAUCUAUGUUCCGCCAUCUGUUUUUUUAUUAGCAAUUUUUCAAAAUUCUUGUACAUCGUCGUUAUCCAGUCCAGUGACAUUACUGUACAUAUCAAACGCUAAUUCGUUUGGCUAUAACUACUAUCAAUAUAACUAUCAAGCUAUCAAUUAUCAGUCAACAAUUACGCUGGCUUUUCGUCAAGAUCCAAGUUACUGGUGUCUGGACGACAUAGCGGUAUCAUAUGGAGGAGUUAAUUUAGUUACAAAUGGUGGAUUUGAAUCUGGUACGCUCUCAGGCUACUUCGUUUUUUGUAAUCCAAAUAGUGCAAGUGCAUCUGGUCAGGUUUAUGCUUAUUGUGCUCAUAGUGGUACUUAUUCAUAUUAUGAUGGAUCGGUACAGUAUUCCGAUUACAUAAGUCAGACAUUUGGAACAGUGAGCGGUCGAACGUAUCAAGUUAGUUUUUGGUUAAGUAACCUGGGCGGACCGACAAAUAGCGCUACAGUUAUCAUCAGUGCUUAA